AUAAGGGCACGUCACGAACUGUGAGUGAAUGAAUUGUUAGCAAAGUGUAUUUACUGCAAUAACCUUUUAUCAAUUUUGUUUAACAGACAGUUUAUUUGUACCUAUACAUAGUUGUAUAUUAUAAUUCUCUUUGCAUAGUUGAGUAAUUUGGUUUGUGAAAGUCCUUGUGCAGUGUAAACGAUGUCAGAUCUAAUUGUGGAGGUUCAAGAAGGAAAAUUAAGAGGUCUAAUAUCAAGAACUGAUAAUGAUUUCGUCUACUACACGUUCAAGGGAAUUCCAUAUGCGAAACCACCUCUCGGGGAACUGAGAUUUGCGGCACCACAGCCAGCAGAGCCAUGGGAAGGAAUAAAAGAUGCGACAAAAGAAUGCAAUAUUUGCCCUCAAGUUGACAAAGAAACUGGUUAUGUGAUUGGAAACGAAGAUUGUUUGAUUUUGAACGUAUAUACUCCAAAACUACCCGAAAAUGAUAAACCACUCCUGCCAGUUAUGGUUUAUUUGCAUGGUGGAGGGUUCGUCUUCGGACACGGUACUGAUGCAACAGCUCAUGGCCCAGAUUUUCUAGUGCAAAGAGACGUCGUGGUCGUCAGUAUUAACUACCGACUCGGUGUGCUUGGUUUUGUCACUCUCAAUCGUAAAGAAGCCGCAGGAAAUAUGGGCUUGAAAGAUCAAGUUCAAGCCCUUAAAUGGGUUCAAAAGAACAUUGCUAAAUUUGGCGGAGAUCCGAAUAAUGUGACAAUCUUUGGAGUAAGCGCCGGCGGUGCGUCUGUCGAGUACCUACUGUUAUCUCUCACAGCAAGAGGACUGUUUCACAAGUCGAUUAUACAAUCAGGUUCCUCAUUGAAUCAAUGGGCACAAAAAGAUAGGAACGAAAUAAAAGCAAACGCAUAUAGAAUAGCGAAAGUAGCCGGGAAAGACAUAAUAAAUGACGAACAAUUACUAGAUUACCUAAAGAAAUUACCAGUUGAGGAAUUAAUUAAGUUAUCAAUGAGUGUAAUACUAACUGAUUCGUUUAAGGGAGGUAUUAAUUUCACUUUCGUUCCGUGUGUGGAAGAGGAAGGCGACUGGGAAUCGUUUAUAAGCAAGUCUACUUAUAAAAUAAUUUCCGAAGGCGAAUUCACGAAGGUUCCGGUGAUGGUUGGAUUUUGUGAACGCGAAGGUCUUUUAGUAGUGUCACAUGCCGCGCCAAUUCUUGAGAAAUUGACUAACGAACAGAAUUUUUUGGAUCAUUUUCCUUUUGACAUUAGAGCGGACGAGCAAAAGGACAUGGAAGCAAGGUUAAAGAAUAUUUAUCUAGGAAUAGAAAAUUAUAGCGGAGAAAAAGAUACUUUUGCGAUAGAUUUCUUCUCAGAUGUAGACUUUUGUGGUGGUGUAUAUGUUGCGGCUAGUUGUAUGGCGAAAUAUAAUUCACCAACAUAUUUCUACGAGUUCUGCUACGAUGGUAAUCUGAAUUAUCUAAAAACUGCUUAUGGUAUUAAUCGUGCUGGAGCCGCCCAUGGCGACGAUGGUGGUUAUCUACUGAAAAGCAGUAAAUUGACGAAAGAGUUAAAUGACACCGAUGUUUUCGUACAAAACUGUAUGUUGUCAAUGUGGACUAACUUUGCUAAAUUUGGGAACCCUACUCCAGAAUCGGACAAUUCUAUUCCAAUCAAAUGGCAACCUAUGUCUGAAGAUGGAGAAAGCUAUUUGGUCAUAGACAAAACUUUGUCAAUGAGGAAAGAAUUCAGCCCACAAAGAAUGAAGAUUUAUGAAGAACUUUACAAAAACGAAGAUGAAGCUUAAUAAAGGCAACCUUAAAGAUAAAAGUUAUAAGAAAUUAAGUGUCUGAUUUUUUUUAAACUCUAAUUUUAAAAUUAUAAUAUCUUGAUACUAA